UCUCACCUGUACAGGCUCAGGGCGGGGCGCCUCAGAGGGGCGGGCCCUCCGCGCCACGGAAGCGGUUAUGUGGGGCUCACAGGCCGGGGGAAGACAGUUCUCAGGGCCCCCAGACCCUACUGAGGCUGCCACCUGGCCGCGGCAACGGCUGUCGCCAAAAGGUAAUGACAUCCCAUGCCACGGCGCUGGGGCACUGAUGACCUCGCAGUGAUGUCACCGUGACUCAGUGUCACCGUCAGGGAGCAGCAGCCCCUGAGCCUGCAGGGCACGUCACGGCAAAGUCAUCCCAGCAGCCCCCCUGAGCCGACCAGCAAGUCAGGGUCGGGUCACCUCUGGGGGCCCUCCUGGGCUCCGUGGGGUCACGUGGCCAGCGUCUUCUCAAGGCCCUGGCCGCCUCUGCCCGUCGUGAAGGUGCAGGGCAGGUCACCCCCUUACCUGCCCUCCUCCAAGCAGGACCCAUAUGGCCGCCUAGGGUGGGGACACCCGAGGCUCGCCAGGGAGACAGAGGCAGGGCCUCACGUGGAGAGGGCAGUAGGUAAGGGGGUGAAGGUCUCGCUGCCUCCUGGACGGCAGCUGUGGCUGGUGUGACCCUCCCGGGUGGGGGCCAGCCCAGAGAGGAUGGCCGGGGCUCGUCCACCGCCGCCCCCUCCCCUCCCCCGCCCCCUCCCCUGGCCACAGGCUGAGGAGUGUUUCCAGGCCCUGAGGGCCAGCACCAGGCCCUCGUCACCAGCUAGACGAGCUGGCUCUGCAGGUUUGGGCCGUGGCUGGGAGGCAAACCCCCUGCUCCGGCCGUGGCCACCACCCUUGCUCAGGCCCCCUGGUCUGCCGCAGCCCGUCCGGCUCAGGCCGGCUCCAGAUUCAGAGUCCUAACCCUCACCUAGCCGGGCCUGGCACCCACCUUCACACAACUGCCUGCAGAUAGGGUGUGUGCCAACCAAAUGGUGCGUUCAAACCCACUUCACCUGACCCAGCACCACCCUCCUCCUGUGAGAGCCCGGGUCCCGCUGGUGGUCAUUCCGCCCACCGAGCUGCCUCUUACGCGCGCGGCUGCUGUGUGGGUAUCACAGGAGCAGGGCCCAGCCUGGCAAAGCCACGAUGUAGAUGGUAACUGCGUGGGCCACUGUCAUCAUCACCUUUAUUUCUGCCCAGCGGCGUGGCCAGUCCGGAACCAUGUCAUCAGGCCCUCAGGUGUGGCACACGGCCAUGCCGCCUUCCAACAGGAGCAGCCCCACAGCCACAGUGCCCAGGUCCCCCAGCUCGGCCGGCAGCCCCAGGACCCCUGGAACCCCUGGUUCAGAGAAGGUGGCCUCCCCUCUGGAGUGCUCCAUCUGCUUCUCAGGCUACGACAACAUCUUCAAGACGCCCAAGGAGCUCUCCUGCACCCAUGUCUUCUGCCUGGAGUGCCUGGCACGGCUGGCAGCCGCCCAGCCCGCAGGCCAGCCCGGGAGCGAGGCCGUGCCCUGCCCGUUCUGCCGGCGGCCCACAGCCGUGCCUGCUGCUGGGGCCCCCGCGCUGCGCAGCAGCCGCCAACUGCAGGCCCGGCUGCCAGCGCACCUGCGGCGGGAGGAGCCCGUGUGGCUGGAGGGCACCAAGCUGUGCUGCCGCCCGCCACCCUCCGCGCCUGGCCCGGCGGCGCCCGGCUUCGUGUGCGUGGACGUGGGCCCGAGCAAGCCCUCCGCGCCUGCCGCACCCGUGCCCACCCCGGGCCCUGCCCACCGCGGGGGCCGCCUGGCCCGCUGCUGGGCGCGCUGCGGGGACUGGAAGCGCACGGCGCUCGUCUCGGUGCUGCUGCUGGUGCUCUUCUGUGUGGUGCUCUGGCCGGUGCAGUGCGCGCUCAGGACCGGGAGCCUGCACUGCCUGCCCCGGCCGCCCCCCACUGCCGCGGCAGCCAGCACCACCUUCUCGCUUGGGUCCUUGGCUGACAACUAGGGUCACCACCUCACCCCCAGGACUCCAGAGCAGCCCCCGCAUCUCCGAGGAACCCACACCCUAUUCGGCACACCUGCCCCCUGCUCUCUGGGGCUGGGUCCUGUGGGGUGGACAAAAUGGUCCUUCCAGCUUCCAAGAAUCACACAUUCCUCUGGGCCCCAGAGAUCACCUCCCUAACUCCCAUCUUGCAGAUGGGGAAACCGAAGUCCAGGAGAGACAGCUUGGCG